GGGGCUGGUGUUUCAUCCAUUUCCCAGGUCCGCUUGCUGACCUGGGGCAGACGGAGGGAGCUGGCAACCGAACCAACCGAAUCAGCUUGUCCCGCCGUGGGCCCACCUGCCUCGCCCCGCCUCGCCCCGCAUCCUGAGUUUUCUUUCGGUUUCUUCAAACAUUCCUGGCUGCCCCCUCGCCUGAGGCUCCGGUUCAGGCGCGGGGGCGCUGGGCGAAGGAGCUCCGCCUCCGGGGGUUUCCCCGCCGCUGCUGGAGGCUGGCACCGCGAGGGCUCGGCAGUACUGACCGCACGGUCCGUUCCCGACGGCGGGAGCGCGGGAAGGAAGGGCGCCGCCGCCUCGCGCCCCCUGCCCAGCCCGGACUCGUCUCCUUCCGAAUCUCAGGCGGGCGGGGGGAAAGGAAGCCACUUUGAGAAAUCAGCGGGACGUCACACUCUGGAGCCUGUGUGGGCGUCAGACUGGUCAAGGCAGCUCCAACCCCCAAACUCUGCCGAGCCCCGAGAUGUGGCCCGGCUGGUUACCCUGUUCCUUGCUUCUACUCCUGCUGGCUCAGCUGACUCAGCCAGGUGAUGGCAAUGAGGGCAGCAUCGCUGGAAGUUGUCACUGUGAUAAAAUAAUUCCUUCUGACUCCCCGCCAUCGGUUCAAUUCAUGGGUCACCUCCGAAUACAUCUGAAAGGCUACCGGCAAUGUCCGAAUUAUGUCAGGUUCCAGCUACGUGUCCGGAGUGUGUGUGGGGGCAGCAAAGACCAUUGGGUUCAAGAAUUGAUGCGCUGCUUUGAUCUCCAAGAAUGUGGACAUGCUUACAAGGGGCCUCUGGGUCACCAGAAGCAUUUAUCUGCCCCCAGAACCCAGCUUCCUGAGCUUUCAAACAUGGGCACCCCUGGCCAAACACUGGUGCCAUCCACUCUGCAAUCUACCCAGCACCCCACCCUUCCACCAAAAUCAUUGUCUUUGGACAAAGAGCUCCUCCAUCCCAAUGAAACCACCACUCCCACCAUGGGCCACAGACUUGGAGCUGGGCACGAGACUGGGGAGAACCAGAAGCAGCUAGAAGAAAGUGCUGGUCCAAAAGCUGGCAUAUCAUCCAUAGUGCCAAUUCUGUCCCUCCUGGUUGUGAUCUUCCUCCUCACUGGAAUCCUUGUGUAUGUGGUGUGCAACAGGAGGAGGGAGCAGUCACUGCAGUCCUCUCCAGAUUUGCAUCUUCAUUAUAGCCCUGUGACACUAGACUCCAACACCUGAGCCAAGAAGAAAAGCUUAUGAGGGUAGACUGUGAUUUAUUUUUACAAAAAUGCUUUGUUAUUAAUGAAAGCGGGCAAUCUCUAUCACACAGAAGGCACUCAAUACUUGUGUUCUAUUAGAGCCCUCCUUUUAAAAAAGCCAUAUACAGAAUCUGCCUUCUGUACUAGAUGACAGCUUGAACAAAUUCCAUGUGUUUCUAGGCUACUAAAAAUUAUUUUUUUAAUUAUUGACUCUUCUUUCUGGAGACACAAACCUCAGGCUAUUGCCCUCUUGACAUGAUUGCUGGUUUCAGUUUUGCUAAUGGUUCCCCCUUGUCCUAAGUCUCUCUUCACACUACCAGUUGUUCCUCCCAAACCUUAGUCCUCUCCCGCUUCCUCUCUGAAUCCCACAACGAAGGCCUGGGCUUUUCCAGCCCCCCUCCUUAGCAGCUGCUGUUUUUACUUCCUUAAUCACUUGCAUCAGUCAUACAUAUUGCAAAUGAGGAUCUGUUCUUGUUUUGAUUGCUAUUGUUUUUAUUAUUAAAACCCUUAGUUCUUG